AAUACCAGUGAGGAUUGGGAACCUUGCUCUCAUUGUCAUCCCCCAUCGUCUGCUCGUUGCUGGUUCCCAUCCUCGUCCUCUGCCCUACUCUAAUGGCGCUCCCAGAUGAACUCCUCGAAGAGAUCUUCCGCCGCCGACCUCGCGCGCGCCUCCGCGGCCUGCGUCUCCUUCCGCCGCGUCAUCACCAGCCAUCCCUUCCUCCGCCGAUUCCGCGCCCUCCACCCGCCGCCCCUCCUCGGCAUCCUCUGCGGCGGCCUCAUCCCCGCCCAGCCGCCCCACCCUUCCGCCGCGGCGGCGGCCACCUUAGCCGACGCCGACUUCUCCUGCUCCUUCCUCCCGCCGUCCCGCGACCGCUGGUGCCUCCGCGACGGCCGCGCCCUUUUCUCCCCCGCCCCCGAGCGGACCGGCGGCGACUACAACCGCCGGGAUCUGGUUAGGGAGUUCGCUGUCUGCGACCCCCUGCACCGCCGGUACCUCCUGCUGCCUGCCCUCCCCGACCAUCUAGCCGACCAAGUCCAUCGACCGGACAUCAUACAUUGCGAGCCCUUCCUUGCUCCUCCCGGCGACGAAGAGGACUCGUCAUUCACAGACUUCAGAGUCAUGUGCUUGGUGCGGUGCACAGCCAAGCUUGUCCUCUUCGUCUUCUCUUCCUGCGCCGGGCAAUGGCUCGCUGAUCCUAUCACAUUUGACAUGUUGGGAUGUUUGAUGUCAGACCCUACUACGCCCAUGGAUGCUUCUGCUUGGAGGUUUGUCCGGAAGACACGCUGCUCGUGCUCGAUGCACAAAGGCUGGAGUUCUCCCCUGUUGACCUCCCGCCUCCACUUGGCUCUUGUAAGUGGGACAUGGCCAUUGUGGAGGCAGCAGAAGGAAGGCUUGGGAUGCUUACUAUCUCUGAGCAUACUGAAGCUGGUGUGUACAAAUACCAUCUCGUGUAUGAUGUAUUGCAUCCUAAGGAUGAGAAUGGCACAAACCAGUGGCAAUCAAAGUCCGCAAUCCCUUUGCCGGUGAAUUAUCGCUAUGGCAUCUUGGGUGUAGCUGGUGGAUACUUGCUCCUAAUUGGGUAUCCACAACAGAACAGGCUAGUACUUGAUUAUUUUUCACUGAAUCUCCAGACAUUUCAGAUUGAGUGGUUCUGUCAGACUGGUCGCUGUGCCAUAACUAGCGACCUGUAUGCCGAUCUCCCACUGUCCUUGGCCCCGCCAACUAUUUGAAGUGGGCUUGUCAGAGAAUAAUGCAGAUGGCAAGUGCGAUGCCAUGUUAAGGGGAAUAAAUGCAAGAGCAUUUGACAGCAAUUUGCAGCUGAUAGAUACUUCCUCAUUUGAACCGUUGAAGAACUAGAAACGUGCAAUGGAUGUCCGCCGCAUCUGCCUUCUUUUCACUGUCGAAGAUUUCAUAUCGUUAAACCGUUUCUGCUAUUUGUGCAGUGCUUGCCUGGCAAGAGACUGGACUUAGGACAAGCGAACGGCCUGAUUGGCUCGCAUACCUGUAGUGUCCAGCUUCAGUAGUGGCUUCGCUUGCUUGAACUGAGUGCCGGGCAAGUUUUGCAGCUUUAGUUGUAACCCUGGGAAUGGAAUAGUUUGCUUUUGCUGAUAUAUGAUUCCAGUAUGUAUUUAUGGCAUUACCCAAA